ACUAAAGAGGGAAAAAGAGCCAAACAAAACUCAGAAAGGCAGAACACAAAUUCAGAGAGAGAUAGAGAGAGAGACCCUUCAAAUGAAAUCCAAAAGAGAAACGACAGUAAUCGAAAUCGAAGACACAGACGACGAUGAUUUCCUUUCUCAAGUUGCCCAAGCUGAGUCCGAAGCUCUCUCCGCUUCCAACAUCAAACGCCGCAAAAUCACCACCGUAGGUUUCAACGAAAACCAAGAGAACACCAAAACCACGACGACGACGAUCAAAGUGAAGGACGAAUACAAAAAUGAAGGGGACUACAUGGCAGCUUUAAAAGGAAGUAAAAGUACUUUAUGGCAACAGCGAAUCAAAGCCGUUGGUUCUUCCAAACUCCCUCCUCCUGAUUACAAUGCUCGCGGUGGCGGUGGCGGUGGCAGUGGGGCGGUGGCUCCCGAGAAGGUGUGUCCUUGUGGGUUGGGUGUUUGUAAUGUUUUUACUGCUAAUACUGAAAGGAAUCGCGGGCGGGAUUUCUACAAAUGCCCUCAAAGACAGGAAAGUGGGGGUUGUGGAUUUUUUCAAUGGUGUGAUGAAUCUCCAGCGGCAAAUAAUGGUGGUGGGUUCGGUGGGGGUGGGAGCCAUGGUUCUGUGUCUAAUUCUGUGUUUCCUGAGCUUCAAUGUUCAUGUGGAGCUGGGUCUUGCUUGAUUUUGACGUCUAGAAAAGGGGACAAUAAUGGGAAGCAAUUCUAUAAAUGUCCUGAAAAUCAGGGAGGUUGUGGUUUCUUCAAAUGGUGCGAUGAUAAUACUGCAUCAGCUGGUCUUCAAGCUAGUGCUCCCAAGGUCUAUAUCAACAUGAAUGACUCCAGCAACAAAAGCUUUGGUGCAAGAACCGGAUCAUCCUGCUUCAAAUGUGGCAAGGAAGGCCAUUGGGCAAAAGAUUGUGGCAUGUCUACGUCUGAUUCUCCUGCUACAUUUGGAGCAGGUUCUGGUUCAUCUGGUACUUGUUACAAAUGUGGUAAGCCAGGGCAUUGGGCAAGGGACUGCACUUCUAGUCAAUAUAAGAAUGUUCCCCAGCAAUACUAAUCGUUUUAUGCUUCUUGUAUUUCUUGGAUCACUUUGCUGUAGCUUAACUAGUUACUACGAAUCAGGGUACUUUGCGUUUGGGUAAAGCCAAAUAUCCCACCCUCUACAUGGCUGCAGACCUUACAUGAGACUGGUUGUUUGGAACUUUCAUUUUGCUAUGCGAAGAUUUCCUAACCUCAUGGAUCCAAUUUUUGAAA